AGUUUAAAUCAUGCAGGUUCAACCGUUAAUCAUAAAACGCAAUGUACACAUAUCACAUGCCGAUGGAUACAUCACUUAUUGAUUAAUUUAUCUGAUUUUUGAUCAUUAUUAUUUAUUGAGACAAAGAAGUACUGUAUGACAUAUUGAUACCCCGAAGUAUGGGCUUAGUUCAUUUCUUUUAUAAAACAUCCCCAAAGUCCUCUUUCUGACAAUGUCGACUUGGGCUCCGUCCAUAUCGCUAUCGAAGAAUCUCAGUGUGACAAGUUCUCGUGCUUCACGGGAUGUUUCCACCAUCAGUCUCAGACUCCGUGGGGGAGGGGCCACUGGGGAACCCACCCAGGGGAACAUGAUUGGACUGUCAGACAAUGGACAAGUUUGGGCAAUCAUCGGAUGCGUGUUAACAAUUGUGAACAUUCUUGCUGCUCUGGUCUUUUAUUUGUACAAGAAAAGGAAGAAAAAACUUAGGAAGAGGGUGGAUGAUGGAAGAGCGAUUCGAGAAGCUGGCAGCAUUCCAAGUGACUCUCAUUACACUUUGCCCACUAAUCAGGACACACACUACCACCAGAUAUUGGACAGUUCACAAGGUUCCGCAAAGACAAAGGAUAGUAUAGUUAUGGACGAUGGGGGUUAUAUUACAGCAAUAACAACACAUUCUGAAAAAACCCACGGAUACACAGACAUACUUCAAUUCUCCGAAGAAGGACAACGUCCAAACUCAUAUCAAGAAAUCACAGAUCUCGAACACCCGUUGCCGUCUUCUCAUACCUUUCUGCGUGGGACAUGUAGUUUAAAUGAAGAUGUUCAUGUUGGAGAGUUGCCGAACAACUUGGAUAACACGACAAAACGCAUUCAAAAGAAAAGAGAAAAAUACCUCGUAAACGUCAACAUUCCCUCAGAUUCUAACUCUGUCUCGCCCGAGGAUGACGCCAGAAGAAGUUGCGUUCUUUCGCCAGAGUUGAUGGACGAUGGUUUGUUCGAAUCACUAAAUGACUUUGCCAAGUAUUUCACAACUUUGAGCAUGAAAAGAAGGAACCAAAAUUUAGCCGAUGUAGAGAAAGAACGCGGGAAUGCAAAACGAGCAAUAAUUGAUGGUGAUCGAAGCGAUAGUAAAGAAGAUGAAAUCACAUAUCAUGAAAUAAAAGGGCAAACAGACAACAUAUCGUCAGGAGAUACACAACUUCAAGAAAAAGGGUUUGAAGAAAACAGUGACAAAAGCGAUGAAAACAAAGUUUCCAUAGCAUCCAUCCAUAAGAAAACAAUAGAAACGAGUGAAUGUCAGAUAUAUAGUACAUCUAUAAAACAAAAGAGUUCAAGUUUAGAGAAGUGCCAAGAAAUACCAUCAAAAAUUGACCAAACACAGGGUCUGAAUAAGGCAAAAAUAUCAGACAGUGAAGGUACACUCCUGCAUGAUAAGCAAAAGUCUUUGAUAGCUACAUCGCCAAACACAACUGAUAUUUUUAAGGGUAAAGGAGGUCAGACUUCAGACCCAAAUAAAGAAAUAGAGAAUGCAAAAACUGACAAUGAACGCAAUGAACAAGCAGGGACAACGAAGGCGGAAGGCAAUAGUGUUCACAACGUGGAACUUCCCCGGGAGACUGCAAACUUUGCACCGUUGAAAAAGUCGGUCGAAAUGUUGGAAUCGACUGGCUCCUUCGAAAGUAACCAAUCGCUGAACAGGUAUAUCAGGAAGCACGGUAUUCUUCUUCCGGUAAAAAGUCAUGUACGGGAAGUAACUGACAUUUCGUGCAAAAGAGACACUAUAUAAUCCUGUACGCGUACAGAUUCAUUUACGUAAAUGAGCUAUAUGUCAAUAUAGAGACGUUAUAAAUUUAUUUUUAAUUCUACUUUAUAUAUUUUCGAGUUGAUGUCUAUCCAAAAUAUACUUCAUUUUUUGGAACUACAUUUUAGAAAUCACGAGUUGAGUCUUGUUAUUAAAAGCUAACUACAUUAACCCAAUACUUCUUUUAUACAUACUGAAAUGUUUAAUUUUGAAAAUCCUAAAUUGGCGAAAACUUACGUGCUCGAGUAAAUUUAUAAAUGCUAGCAGAUGAAAGAGAAAAUGAUCGACAGUAGACAUGCUCAUUCUGAGGAAUAUUUCAAGAAUUUAUUGAUACGGGUUUACUGUUUAAGGUGGUACAUCAAAGUCGUAGUAUCACAGAACAUCGUGUGAUAAGGUUAUUGAGCAUCAAAUUGUUGAAUUUAUUCUAAUUAGUAUAGGUCUUGCCAUUUAGAUUGUAUUGAAGUAUUUUGAACGACCGAAUCGGCGAUUUGUAGUUUAAUUAGUGAAAUGUAUAAAAGUGUGUAAAUUGUUUUGUGACAUUUAAAUCACAGGAAAGUAUCCUUUGUCUAAAAUAAACGCCGUUAAUAAGAUGUGUCAAUUGUAUGGCAAAAAUAGGGACGCAAUGUAACCUACUUUGUUUUAUGAUCAGUUAAUUUAAUCUUUAACUGUAAGCAUUGCUCUCUCUCUCUCUCUCUCUCUCUCUCUUCACUGUUGAUUGUCUUUUAUAAAUGAGUUUUUUUUUCAGCGGGAAUGAUCGAUGUCGAAAUUUAUGAAUAACAGUACGCGUACAUAAGGAAAAUAGUAAAAAAAAAACCUCCCAGUUUUACAAUACCACCGUUUGGUUACUUUAAAUUGUCGUUGUUUGCAAGAUUUUUGAACCCUACAUUAAUUACCACACGCUGUCAUGUCAAAACGACAAUUAAGAUAAUAUAUCGACAGGUUAAAUUCUUCUUCUCAUUUUUCUAU